CGAGGAAAGUUCAAUGUUGGAAACUAUUACACUUUCAGCAUGUAAAAUAAGUUAUCUCUUUCUUACAUUCUUCAAACCUCAUAAGUUGCCUUUAUCUUAUGUAAAUUUCCGGCUGAAUAUACCUACUUGAUAUCUUCUUCAUAUAUAUUUUCUUUGCGCUCUUAAUUCAAGUUUAUGCUCUGGUUUAUGCAUUGCGGGUAAAUCUUGUAUUGAGUUCAGUUGUGGGAUUUGACAGGAUUUUUUAAGGUUUUAGUAUUUAAUUCCAAUCAUAAUUUAAAAAAUAAUAAUGCCGGACAUCGAGAACCUCACGCUGGGUGAAAUAUACACAUCUGAUAAAAAUGGAAGUGAUGAAACAGGAGAUGGCACCAAAGAGAAGCCAUUUAAAACCAUUCUGAAAGCCAUGCAUCAUGCUGGCAAAGAACCAUUCCCCACCAUCUAUACCGACGCUAAAGAAGAUGGGAAAGAUUACGAAGUGGCCGCUAAAUCCCAAUUGAAGAAGAUUCAAAAGAUUUGGGUGAGAGAGAAUUAUAAGGCUGCGGAUAAAGCUAAGGCAGAGGAUGAGAACAAUGAAAAGAGAUUGCAGAACCUGGAAGAAGCUAAGAAGGUGGUUAUUGAAGAGGACAAGAGCUUGCCGCAGGCGAAGAUUGUGAAGAUAUCAGAGACUGGCGACUACCGCGGCCAGCGCGUCUGCGUCCGCGGUUGGGUGCACCGCCUCAGGCGGCAGGGUAAAGCGCUCAUGUUCGUCACGUUGCGCGACGGCACUGGGUUCCUGCAGUGCGUCCUGCACGGUGCCCUGUGCCAGACGUAUCAUGCUCUCGUCUUGUCUACUGAGUCCUCUGUGUCGUUUAAGGGGAAGUUGGAACAGGUGCCGGAAGGAAAGACGGCACCAGGCGGGCAUGAGCUGGCGGUGGACUACUGGGAGCUGAUCGGCCUCGCCCCGCCCGGCGGCGCCGACGCCAUCCUCAACGAGGAGGCGCUGCCAGACGUCCAGCUCGACAACAGGCACAUAAUGAUCCGCGGCGAGAACACGUCGAAGGUGCUGCGCGCGCGCGCGAGCGUCACGCGCGCGUUCCGCGAGCACUUCGGCGCGCGCCGCUACACCGAGGUCACGCCGCCCACGCUCGUGCAGACGCAGUGCGAGGGCGGCAGCACGCUCUUCAAGUUCUCCUACUUCGGGGAGCAAGCGUACCUGACCCAGAGCUCGCAGCUGUACCUGGAGACGUGCCUGGCGGCGAUGGGCGACGUGUACUGCAUCGCGCAGUCCUACCGCGCCGAGCAGUCCCGCACCAGGAGACAUCUCGCCGAGUACAGUCACGUAGAAGCGGAAUGUCCGUUCAUUACAUUCGACGAACUCCUCGACCGUCUUGAAGACUUGGUGGUGGAUGUGGUGGACCGGGUCCUGGCAUCGCCUGAGGGACAUCUGGUUUACGAACUCAACCCGAACUUCAAGAAACCCGAGAGGCCAUUUAAACGUAUGACGUACAUCGAGGCUAUAGAAUACUUACGCGAACACAACAUCACCAAAGAAGACGGAUCCUUCUACGAGUUUGGAGAGGACAUUCCCGAGAUGCCCGAGCGUAAGAUGACGGACGCCAUCGGUGUCCCGAUCCUGCUGUGCAAGUUCCCGGCGGAGAUCAAGUCGUUCUACAUGUCGCGCUGCCCGGAGGACCGCCGCCUCACCGAGUCCGUGGACGUGCUGAUGCCCGGCGUCGGAGAGAUCGUCGGCGGCUCCAUGAGGAUAUGGGACCACGAGGAGCUCAUGGAAGGAUACGCGCGCGAAGGCAUCGACCCGUCUCCAUACUACUGGUACACGGACCAGCGCAAGUUCGGCUCGGUGCCGCACGGCGGGUACGGGCUCGGGCUGGAGCGGUUCCUGUGCUGGCUCCUGGACAGAUACCACAUCCGCGAGGUCUGUCUGUAUCCCAGAUUCCUGGAACGUUGCACGCCUUAAACGCAUUAGCCUGGCUGUCUAUAAAUGGUAAAUUGAUGACGGUUGAGUUUGGACCUUAUGUCUUGGUGUAUAUUGUUAUUUUGGUUUGAUGUAUAACUAUCGCUUAACUGGUCAAUGAACCUGCUAAAGAAAUAUAAAUCUCGUUUGGUAAUAAAUAAGGUGUAGUAUUGAUUGUCAUCGAAUUACUCUUCGCAUUUAAACUAUCGCGUAUUUUUUCUCUGGGGUUAAAGAGAAAGCAUAAUAGUUUCUAAGCGUUUAUGAAUGAGAAAGGCCACGGUAUCUAAAUAUGUUUGUUAUCUUAAGCUUUCAUCGAAAAGUUAUAAUGGCAGUGCGACGCCAUUUUAUUUGCCAGUAGCGCCAUCUAUCUCGUACUUAUAGAAUAGGAACCAAAAUGGCUACGUUUUUAUUUACUAACUAGUUAGAAUGGGAUAAAAGUUUCGUAGACAUUUUUAUAAGAGCAAAUUAAAUAUUUUUGUAUUGUCAAAUGCGUUACAAAUACUUGAAGGGUUCCAUAAAAUUAUUGUUGUCUAUUUGACACGAAAUGCUUUGUGACAAGAAGGUUGGCGUUUUAAAUUAUUGUAUUUUUUCACCGAUUUAUCGUGUUUACUGAUCUAGAAUCGCGCCAUGCUAUUUAGAAAUGAAUUAUUUCAGUUUCAAAUUUUUUCAUCCGACUAUUACAAGGUAAUCCCUUAUUGGUUGAAUCCCUAAACAUCCUGGGACCUGUGGAACAAUAAACAAAAUAAACUAUUUAUAUGCAUUGACCUUAAAUUCGUGGUCGUCUUAUUUUCAUUUUAAAAUAGUAUGGUACGACUUUAAUUCGAAAAUCGAUAGAUUUCAAGUGAGUUUUCAAACAUCAUUUAUAUUUAAGUCAUUUAUGUUUACAUUCAUUUAAUAUAAUUAAUUGUGUUUUGUACUUUCCACAUAUAGCCCAGUUAUUCAUUUAUAGAAGCUAGAAAUAAAUCAAGUAUGACCAUUUUUUUUUUAUUAAAUAUGUUAACAACAAAGCCACUAACAAGAAUUGAGGCGUUAUAGUAUUCAUAAAAGAAUAAGCUAAAGUAUUUAGUAUUCAUUACACGAUAUACAAAAAGAAAGUCACGUGCUGUCGUUUUCCAUUUUGACACAUUCUUGUCUAUGAUUACACUAUUUACUAUUGACAGUCUAUACGCGCGAUGUUCACAUCGUAUUUUAGUUCCGAAUAUGCUCACGUGGCGCUUUUCAAAUUUCCAUUGAAAAAUACUUAAACGCGAACCAUUAUGUUUACUAACGUUACUAUAACGCGUAAAUUCGUGCUCAGGGUAGAAUACAGUUAAUUAUGGAAAAAAUCUAAAGUCGUUCACUGACAGUAGAGAGAACGAACAUAAAUUCCCAAUCUUAUUUUAAUGAUCUUAAUGUUGAUAUUUCGUUGAAAAGAAAACUAGCUUACCGCACAAUACUGUCAGUGUAUGUCAUUACGAAAUUAAUUUAUUGUCAAAAAAAUUAAUUUAUUUUCUGAAUUGUCAGGCUGUUUGCGUAGUCAAAAAUUGUUUUUUACUUAAAUUAAAAUUCUGAAAUGAUCGACAUGUUUUCUUUUUAUUUAUCUCUAUUAGAUAAGUCCUAACGUAUUUUAUUUUUAAGUUAUAUGCCUAAUAAAGUACAGCUAAAUGUAUCGGUCAGUUUUAAACCUUAUCAAGUAAGGCUAGUAAAAACAUAAAAUUUUUUAUUGAAAUGUAUGUUAAUUGGUUUGGUGAUAUUUAUAAAUAUUUAUAACGAGUUAUGGAAAUUAUUAAAUUUUGUAAUUUACUUAGUCUUGAUGUGUGAGGCUAAUAUUGCAUUUAUUUAUUCAGAUAUUUAAAACAGGUCCAACCAUGUAUACCUUGCUUUAAUAAGACACCAGCUGCAUUUUAUAACUUCAGACGAUUUUGGUUCGCUUUUCAAAUAAACAAUAUAAUUUCA